CUUGCUCCUUAUAUGGUAACUAGAACAUCAUUCUGGGUGUUUCCUAUAUAAGGAAUAAUGGGAAGUUUACAAAGAAAACGUUCUUUCUAUGCCACACAACACAAUCUGACUCCAAAACAAAAACUAGUCUCCCUAAAGAAACAACAACAACAACAACAAGUUUUCCUGGAACUAAAAUAUGAUAAGGACUUUCAUCUUCACAGCUUUGCUAGUCCUGUGCUUGGAUGGCUAUAUAGAAACUGAGAGUCCAGGAAAAAGGGUUCGACCAGAGAAUCUGACUAUCCAAUGUUGGGCAAUGAGUUAUCCUGAGAAGAUUCGAUGUACAUGGAAUCUCCAUCCUGAUACUCAACUGAAUACCACAUUCAUUACAACUUACAGGUUGGGUUUAUCAGACCCAGACAGUCAGUGUGUCCAAUCUGAACUGCAUCCGAAAAGCUGUAUUAUAAGUGAUUUUCAGAUGUUCGCAGAUGUGCCAUAUGUUCUCAACGUCACAGCCAAAAAUGCAUUAGGGUCCAUCACAAAACUGUUCCCUUUUGUAGUGGAGGAUAUCAUACGCCCAGAUCCACCUGAGAAUGUAAUUCUUUCCCCGAUUAUUGGGGACAGUAGAAAACUACUGCUGAGAUGGGACCCUCCUCAUUCCUGGCCACUUCCAGAAAUGUUUCCCCUGAAGUACCUGAUUCGUUACAAAAGGGGCAGAGCAAAAUCCUAUAAGAUGAUUGGUCCUUAUGAGCAGAGCUAUUUUUAUUUGCCAGUAACCCAACCAAAAUCAGUUAUUCAAGCACAAGUGGCAGCCAAAGAUUUCACAGAUUUUGGCAAUAUCAGCGAAUGGAGUACAGUGGCAACAGGGAGGCUCUUGGGACCCUGAUGACCAAUUUAUCAAGCAAAAAAUAUGGGCUAAGAGAAGGUUGUGUCAGCAAGAUUGAAAACACAGUUUGUGCACACUCCAACGGAAACAUGAUAAUCUUUAAGAAUAUUAAAGGGCAGUGUGACCCUUUGUUCAUGAAUAUGGCUUGUGCAGAAAAUACUUGUUACCUAUUAAUCAUGAAAGUUUGUUUUUGUUAUUUGUAUAUUUAUAAUUGUUUUUGUAUAUUUCUGUAUUGAAGCAUCUAUAUUUUUGGUCCUUGAAAAGCAGAUUUCCACAGAUACAAUUCCCACAUAAUGGACUGCAUAGGGGUGCUGAAACUGGUACAUUUCUGACAGAUGCCCAUUAUCAUCAGUGUUAUCCAGUAGGAUUGGAAUUUACCAAUUGUUCAUAAUAAUUGUCAAAAUUGUUUAUUCUCUUUUUGGACCAUUAGCCUGUCUGGCUACCUACCUGGAUUUGACAUUUGGCAUAUGUAAUCAUACUUAUGUUUUUGCUUUUGUUGUGGUCCAUACACAUCACCUCACUAACCAUCAGCACAAAUUUUACUACAGCAUAUGUAAUUACUGGGGUUAUUAUACUGUAUAUCUGUACUAAAAGGCUAAAAGGGGACGAUUUAUUCCUUGAAAAGCAAUCUCCACGCAACACAUCAAAUAAUGGUUUCAGGGGGAUCAUUAAAACUUUUUACCUAAAA